AUGGCGCAAAGCCUCUCCGUCGUGCCCUCCUCGGGAACGGGAGCCAACUCCGACACGAGACCAAUCGAUGUGCCUCCGUCGAAAAUAGGGCCGAUGAGUGUGGCCGGCCCAUCGCAGGCUUCAGCGAGCUUUCGAACGGGUCAUUUGAAUCUCAACACGUACUCGCCAGUCAAUGAACAUGGAAGUUUUGAAUUCGAUCGCGUCUUGAAGCGGGGGAAAGUGUUCGGGAAGAUCAAGAGUCGACAUGCAUUCAAAGCUUCCUGGAAACCAUGUUACCUAGUCCUGCGCCCAAACCUACUUUCAGUCUACAAGGAUGAAGACGAAGCCAGACUCUUAUUGGCAAUUACACUCUCCGACGUCGCUGCCGUCGCCCCCAUUCAUUCUGCGCGAUCGCACCGCGAACAUGUCUGGGGAAUCUUCUCAACGUCACAAAACUAUCGCUUCCAGUCUAUGUCCGAGCCGGAUGCCAAGGGGUGGAUUGAUUGGAUUCGCUCCGAGGUACACAUCGACGAGGAGGAAGAGGCUAUAGUCGCCCAGUCGAAAUCUACCAAACACACGGGGGUGCCUACAGGUUAUACGAGCGAUGGUGAAGAACAUGCUGGAAUUAUAGCAAGUGAAUAUUCGGAUAUUGGAGAAACCGAGCAGACAAUGUUGUCAAGCUCGCCGGAGCUUAUGCGGACAUCGUCAUUGGGCCACAGGGGGAAGGGUUUACCCUUUGCACAAGAUUAUUCCGGAAAUGACAUGACGGAAUAUUCGGAUUUGUCGGAUGCUCCUGGUAGUAGUUCACGACCGCGGCCACAGAAACUUCCUAAAAGAGAGGAUUCUGGUGACCAACCCGCCAAACGUCCGUCUCCAGCCCGCGAACCUGCUGCGUCCGGGGUUCUAGGUGACCCUGACCGAGUCAUAUGCCAUGGCUGGCUACAAUGUUUACAUAGUAAACGAGGCGUCCGACAGUGGAAGAAGCUCUGGGUCGUGCUUCGACCAGUCAGCUUGGCUCUAUAUAAAGAUGAACGGGAAUAUUGCGCAAUCCGCAUCAUCCCCAUGUCCCAAGUCAUCAACGCCGCCGAAAUAGACCCCAUCUCACGCUCCAAAAACUUUUGCUUGCAAAUCAUAACCGAAGACAGGCCCAUCUACCGCUUCUGUGCACCGGACGAAGAGUCGCUCGCAAAAUGGCUAGGCGCAUUGAAGAGUAUUGUAGUCGGCAGGAAGAAGGCAAUUCAGAGUAGGAAGGCUAGUGCUAAUAGUCAGACCGGUGCUACCACCGCUUCUGCUACUUCUGCCGCAACUAUAGCGACGAUUAUUGCUACAUCUGAACCGUUUCAGCCCUUGAGGUGA